AUCAACCAAUCAGAGCCAGGAGGAGGGUCUUUGCGCUGUCAAUCACUCUCAUCCUACCACGUUCCCAGUUCCUCUAUGUUCCUCUACGUAGCUCACAUUCUGAAGGUUCAAUAAACUUUAAAGUCUAAUUAACAUUUACCGGUAAUACUGGAACUGGAAGACAUUUUAAAUAUCCAAAAUAAAUAACACAACAACAAAUAAAAUGAAUUACAAAGUCUCUGUAAACAAAACUGUACUUCAAUAAAAGGCGUAAGCGACAGAUUGAAGACUUUUGGUAGAAAGAGAGAAAAGAGAAAAACGAUAAUUAAUGCAAAUUGGAAUUAUUGCGCUCAUUUUAAUGUAUCAUGUGAUUAAUCAAUUUUUUACUUGUUGGGACAGGAGUAGUGUUCAUGUUUGUUUUAUCAUUUGAAGUGGAAAUCUGUAAUUCUAUAAUUAGAUUUAUGUAAUUCAGAAAGUCACAGCUGGGCACCAGGAGCUCAUGCAUCUGACUGCAAGACCUUUUUUUAGGAUCUCAGUCAUCUGAUAGUUGACUAACCAGUGAUGUUGCUGACAUUAACGACUGCAAAUGUUAUCAGACUGAGACUAAAAUAGCCUGCAUGAUGUCACAAAGACACGAGUUUUAAAGACGACAACAAAGGAGUAUAAUGAGGCUGCAGGUUAGAGCAAAAAUGUUUGAAAUGUUCUGAUGUCGCUCUUCUCCAUCAUUUUCACUCUGCUUUAUACCACCCAAAACAUCCAGACGUCAGGUUGGCCAAAAUGUUUUGUUGACAGUGAAAGCAGAAAAUAAUGAACUGAAGCAGUUUUGUAAUGUGACUAAAUUAGACUUCCUUAUGAAGUUAGGGAAAAGGUUUAAGCAGUCGGACUGAAAAAGUCUUUCCAAAGACAUUUCCUGAGUUACAGUGCACUGUAAAAGUUCGCCCAAUUACAGAUUUCUUCAAUCUACCCACUGCCUAUGUUGGUCAACACAUGCAGAGAGGCCAAUAACCUAACGUACGAAAAACCCAGAGGAAAACAACAAACCCGCAGGGAGACCUAAAGUCAAACUCAGAACCUGAUCGCUGUGCAAAAACCUGUCCAAGCUUACAGCCUUUAACUACAACCCAUAAAAACUAUUUAUAUCAGACAAAGAUCACAUGAGAAAAUACAAAAUAAAUUUAAAAUGAUGAUUUAUAACAAAAAAAAAUUAAGAAGAAGAAAUAAACAAAAUAAACUAAGACAAACUGAACUAAGUCGAUCUAUUCAAAGAAAGAGACUAAGAAACUAAUAAUAAUAAUAAUAAUAAUAAUAAUAAUAAUAAUAAUAAUAAUAAUAAUAAUAAUAAUAAUAAUAAAGUCGAAUAAAAAAAACUUAAAACAGCUCAGGAUCUGAUAUUAUCACCUGGUGAUAUUGUAAUGUAGAGCUGUGGUUAGCUAUUGUAGCUAAUCUUAUUGCUUAUUGUCUGAGAUAGUGGAAGGGGUCCUAGGAUUGAACCCAAUUAAGCACCCCACAUGUGAAAUACGUUUAAAUGGUUCAUCCUGUUUAUGUUUGCUUGUUUAGUCUUUCCAUCUAAUCAAAGUGUCUUUUAUUCAGAUAGAGCGGCCAUGGCUCUUCCUUCUGCCUUUCUCUCUGAAGACCAGUUCACCUGUUCAAUAUGCCUGGAAAUGUUCAACAACCCAGUCUCCACCCCGUGUGGCCACAGCUUCUGCCAGUCCUGCCUCUCUUUUUACUGGGACAGCAGAGGAAGAGAGCAGGUUGCAAAGGCUUACCAGUGUCCGCUGUGCAAAGAGUCCUUCAGCAAGCGGCCAGAGCUCCAGAUAAACCGAACCUUGAGGGAAAUCACCGAACAGUUCAAGCAGAUGUCACAGUCUGCUGAGGGAGCCGGAGGAGGAGGGGAACAUCUCGGCUUGAGGGCCCAACAUGCAGGUCCGUUUCCACCAGUGAGACCGGGGGAGAUGCCAGAAAGUCUCCUGGUAGAAAUGAUGGCGCGUUUCCAGGGGCUGACGGCGCCUUCGCCUCACCAGGGCUUCCAGAACAACCACGACCCACCGCCACCCUACUCCCCUUCUCUCAGCCGCAGCGCUGCUCAAAAUCUCCCUGAUGUCCAACCCAACCUGCCGCUGUGUCCCAUCCACAUGAGAGGCCUGGAGUUCUUCUGCCGCACUGACAACAUGUGUGUGUGCAGUGUGUGUGAGAAGACGGGAGACCACCGCGGACACAACGUCACCCCUGCUGAAAGAGAGUGGCACAUUAAGAAGUCGCAGUUAGGAAUCCAGGAGAUGGAGCUGAAAGAGCUCAUCUGCUCGAGAGAGAGGAAAGUGGAAGAAAUACGUAACUCCAUUCAGAAAAUAAAGGCUGCGGCGGAGAUGGAGACAGAUGGAGUCGUUUGUUCUUUGACGAAGCUAAUCUCUACGGCAGAGCACUGCCAAUCCAGAAUCUUGGAGGUGAUAGAGACGACUGUCGCAACAGCAGAGAGCAGAGCUCAGAGUUUGCUGAACGAGCUGCAGGAGGAAAUCGCUGCCCUGAAGAAGAGGAGCUCAACUCUGAGCCAGCUGGCUGUUUCUGAAGAUUAUGUGCUGUUUUUUAAGACAUUCCCUGCCUUGUCCUCGCCCCCACAGACGAAGGACUGGUCCAACGUCUCCGUGUCGUCUCACUCCACCUCUGAAGGGAUUCUCAGAACCAUCAGUCAGAUGGUGGACCGACUCCAGCUGGACCUGCAGAACCUGCCAGAAGCCCGCCAACAACAGCCGUCACCAGCUCCGCCGCCCCCUCGGCCAAUCCCAAGGAUAAGAAAGACUCAGGAAUAUGCAGAGGACAUCACCCUGGACCCCGGCACAGCUCAUCCACGCCUCAUCAUCUCAGCGGAUGGAAAGCAGGUCCAGUGCAGCGACCGGCAUCAGCUGGUCCCAGACAACCCAGGGCGGUUUGACCGCGUGGUGUGUGUGAUGGCCCAUCAGGGAUUCACCUCAGGACGCCAUUACUGGGAGGUGGAUGUCAGCAAUAAAACCGACUGGGACCUGGGAGUAGCGAGCCGGUCCGUCAUUAGAAAGGGUAAAAUCCCAGUGAGCCCCGCCAAUGGCUACUGGUUCCUCAGCCUGCGGGAUCAGACCAACUACACCUUCAGAACGAAUCCGCCCACCAGCCUGACAGUCGCCACCAGACCGUCGCGGGUCGGCAUCUAUCUAGACUGUAAUAAAGGACUGGUGUCCUUCUCCAACGUGGAGGCCAAACAGAUCAUCUUUACUUACACAGACAGUUUUAAAGACACCAUCCAUCCGUUCUUCAGCCCCUGCACCAAUAAAUCAGGGCAGAACGCGGCUCCUUUAGUAAUCUGUCCUGCAAUGACAGAAUGAAUGAACCAGUGUUCAUAAUCUUCACUUAUGUUGAAUCCCAGAGCUGAUUGUAAAUGUUUCUAUUGCAGAAGUCUGAAUUUUAGGUCUUGUUUUUAGUGAAUGCUGAAAGAAAUACUCAACCUUAAAGAAUGUGAGAAAGUCAGAAUGACUUCAGAUUGUAUGUAAAAAUUAAAAAACUACUGGCAGCUGCUGUCAGUUUGUUUUUACUGUUUCCUGAAAGGCGCGAUGCGAUUUAAUGGAUGUAACGUAGUAAUAUAUUAUAGCUCUCAAACACUCCUGUUGAAAUAUUAGCAUUCUGUGUUGUAAAUAAACCAUUUGAAAACA